AUGUAUCGAGGUAAUAAACCCCUUGUCACAAAUUUUCAUCAUUUUCGAGUUGAAGUUUUCUUAAGUGUCAUUGACAUACAAUUGCAAGAAAUUGAAAACCGAUUCCCCGAGAUAAGCAAGGAACUACUUGUGUGUAUGUCUUCUUUCAAUCCUGCUAAUAUGUUUGCAUCUUUUGACAAAGGGAAGUUGAUACAACUUGCAAAAUUCUUUCCUAAUGAAUUUCCAAGUUCCGAAAUGAUAAUGUUUGAUCAUUCACUUGAGAAUUUCAUCACUGAUAUUCGAAGUAAUGAGAGAUUUUGGAAUGUGAAGAACCUUAGUGAGCUUUCCAUUAAACUUGUGGAGACGGAGAAGAAUGUCACUUAUGAUAGAGUUUACUUGCUUUUGAAGCUAAUAUUGAUUCUCCCCGUGGCAACGGCAAGUGUUGAGAGAGUAUUUUCUGGAAUGAAUCAUGUGAAAGAUAAGUUGCGAAAUAGUAUGGGAGAUCAAUUGUUAAAUGAUUGUUUGGUCACUUAUCUUGAGAAAGAUUUGUUUUUGAAUGUUAGUAUGGAUGAUAUCGUAGAACGAUACCAAAACAUGAAAACUCGUCGAGAACAAUUGUAA